AAUAGCGACCACUAUCGACAAAAUGCUACGAUAUGGGAAAUUUUCAUAGUGGUCAUAGCUGGCCGCUACGCUAUGCCACUAUAGCGGCCGUUAUAACCGCUAUUGACAACACUGGAUUUAUAGGGAUUGUUUCAUGCUUGGGGAGCGGCUUUAACUGUCGAGAAAAAAAAAAUUAUGAUCUCUAUAUUAAUUGUGGAGGAGGUGAAGUAAGUGUAAAUGGAAAUACAUAUGAAGAGGAUGCAAAUGAAGUAGGACCAUCUGAAUUUUUUCAUAAUAGUAGAGAUUGGGCACUCAGCAACACUGGUCGCUUCUUGGAUGUUGGCCAAGAUGAGCGCAGAUUUAUCUCCACAAACCAAUCUGAACUCUUUAUGAAAGAUUACCAGCUAUACAAGGAUGCACGCCUUUCGGCCAUCUCGUUGACUUAUUAUGCAUUUUGUAUGGGUAACGGAAACUACACAGUAAAUCUCCAUUUUGCAGAAAUAAUGUUCAAUGGUGAUAGAAUUUAUAACAACUUGCGAAGGCGUAUAUUCAAUAUUUACAUUCAGGGAGAGUUGGUGGUGAAGGAUUUCAAUAUAAUGGAAGAAGCUGGAGGGAUUGGUAGGGCUAUUGUAAAACAGUUUCUUGCAGUUGUGACCAAUGGUACCUUGGAAAUUCGUUUAUAUUGGGCUGGAAAAGGGACAACGACCACUCCUGUUGGAGUAGUUUACGGUCCUCUUAUAUCAGCUAUAACUGUCAAUUCUAAUUUUACACCUUCGAAAACUGGUAACAUUACACCUACUGGUAACAUUACACCUCCUUUGGACAAGGGGGAUAGUACCGGUGUAUCUGUCAGCAUGGUGGUUGGAAUUUUGAUUGGAGUAGUUUUUGCUAUCCUUUUGAUUGUGGGUGUCCUUUGGUGGAAAUGCUACUCAAGACAAAAAAACACAUUAGAACAAGGUUUGAACUUGCAAACAGUUUCUUUUAGUUUAAGGCAAAUUAAAGCUGCCACCAACAACUUUGAUCCUGUUAAUAAGAUUGGAGAAGGUGGUUUUGGUCCUGUUUACAAGGGCCAUUUGACAGAUGGUAAGAUUAUUGCUGUUAAGCAACUCUCAGCCAAAUCAAAGCAAGGAAAUCGCGAGUUUGUUAAUGAAAUUGGGUUGAUUUCUGCUCUUCAACAUCCUCAUCUAGUCAAGCUAUAUGGAUGCUGUAUUGAUGCAAAUCAACUCUUGCUAGUAUAUGAGUACAUGGAGAACAAUAGCCUCGCUCGUGCAUUGUUUGGGCCUAAAGAAUGCCAAUUGAAAUUAGAUUGGCUAAUAAGACAGAAGAUAUGCAUUGGUAUAGCAAAAGGUUUAGCUUAUCUCCAUGAAGAAUCAAGAUUGAAGAUUGUGCACCGAGAUAUCAAGGCUACCAAUGUAUUGCUUGAUAAGGAUCUAAAUCCCAAAAUAUCUGACUUUGGUCUAGCUAAGCUUGAUGAAGAAGAUAACACCCAUAUUAGCACUCGCAUUGCUGGAACUAUGGGUUACAUGGCUCCAGAAUAUGCAACACGAGGUUACUUAACUAACAAAGCAGAUGUUUAUAGUUUUGGAAUUGUGGCCUUGGAAAUUGUCAGUGGAAGAAGCAACACAAUUAGUAGAACAAAAGAAAAUAGCAUUUAUCUUAUUGAUUGGGCUCUUCUUUUGAAGGAGAAAGGCAGCUUGUUAGAAAUAGUUGACCCAAGGUUGGAAUCUAACUACAACAAAAAAGAGGUUAUGAGAAUGAUAAAUGUGGCACUAUUAUGCACUAACCCCUCUCCAGCCUCUAGGCCUAUUAUGUCUUCUAUAGUAAGCAUGCUUGAAGGGAAGAUUGCUGUUGAUGAGUUGAGCCUCGAUCCUAGUACGUCUAUUGACUCAGUGAAGAAGUUCUAUCAGACUCUUGAAGAAGAAAGUACUCAAGAAAGCCAGACACAAAGUAAAUCAAUUGAAUCUUUGCCACUUAACUCUUCUUCUUCAUCUGUAGCUGACCUUUAUCCAGUCAAUUUGAGCUCUAAUUAUUAGCAGAAUAGAGAUUCGAAAAUGGAGAACUUUGCAAAUUGACUUGCAAUUAUUGGCCUAAAGAACAUUUAUGAGUGCUUAAAUUAAUUUGAACUUUAGAUUGCCUGAGUCUGUAGACAUAUAUUAGGUUAAAGCAUAGGUUUAAAUUGUGGAACCAUUGUAAUAUAGUCUGAUAUAGGUU